AUGGCACUGAAGACUCCCUCCUGCCACCAAGGCUUGACACCACCCAAUAGCCCAACGAAGGAAUCGACUAUACCUCUUGCCACCUUGAAGGAUUUGAUGCAUCUCUUUGGUGUGUUUCUUGAAAAUGCGCUGCUUGAUCUUACCGACCAAGAACCGCCAAACACCCCUAUCUCCCAGGACCAGUCCCCACCAAUCCCUGAUAUGGUUCGACUGAAGCAACUGCUGGUGAACCUCACCAGUGAUGAAUGUGCUUCGGCUGAACUCUCCAUGGCAGCCAAGCCUGAUCAUUCUUGUCCUGCAAGCAAUGAACAGGAGGACAUUGCGGUAGCAGAUGGAACAGAUCUCAAACAUCCAAUCAGUACGACGCCGGAUGACUUCAAAUUGUUUGAGAAGUGGGCAUCUACACCCUCAUUCAAAGCAGUUGUCGAAACCUGGGACAAAGAAGCAUGUAAAUACAAGAUUGUCGAACCGGCGGAGACCAGCAGUGGUCUGGACGAUUAUGCUGAAUAUGCAUUCGUUGUCCGUGAACGUGUUGAACGAAAUUCUGAGGAGGUGACGCCGUACAUUGACAUCAAAUCGGAAGGCCUGCGCGACAUCCUGCGUGAGGUGCUGCAUGAUAUCAAGGCCAUUAGCCUGAUGGAAGACAAGCCAUCGAUCGAGCAAAAUAUCCUUUUCCAUUUCCUCCCAGAGCUCGGCAAGUAUGCCGAAAAUAUGGACAACUCGGACUGUGAAUUCCCACGUCAGCACCUCCGCUUGCUCAUCGACCACCUCAAGCAAGCAUAUUCAGCCACCUCGCAGCGUCUCGAAUCAAUGCUACAGUACGGUCAUAUUACAUAUGACCUUCUUUGGGCGCUUUUCAAGCCUGGUUGCCAUGUUUAUACCACAUGCAUUGGCACAAAAGAGCCGCGAUGUGUCAGACUCGAAGCGGGGGAAGAGAUGACACAAAAUGACGAGACGUGGUGGAAUCUCGAGUGCCGAUUCUUUGAUUAUGACGGAGUCAAGUUCGGCGAGGCCGGAAUGUUUCUGCGUCUGGCAAAGUUCCGGGGGUCAAAGCCGAUCGAGAGUCUUGAGGCCUUCCCUCUCCGCUACCAUCCAAGGCACGGCCAAGUCCGGAAAGACUUGGUCGAAAGAGGCGAAAAGUUUCGCGAUUUGGCCGGCUCACACAUUCGGCACUGUAGAGGCAGCGCGUUCUUUAUGAACAAGGGGAAGGCUAUCAAAGUCAACGUCAACAGUCGAGUGGGAGUGGACGCCGCAUUUUUUCAUGAAAUGCAGCCAAACUACUCCCGACCUUCACUCCGCGACCUAGGGGUCAAGGAAAAGGAUGGAAUUGCAGUUAUUAACAUAGGUGCGAUGCUCAAGGAGGAUCGCGAGCGGGAGAAGGAGAGAAUGCAAGGAGACGGAGUGGAUGCACAAAAACUGAGCGAGACCGAUUUCUUGGUCGCCUGCCCAACAGUAUGCUGUUUCAGCUUCAAGGAGAAGAUUUUCUUGGAGUGCGCAGUCAGUGCUCUUGAAGACGUGGAUUGGUCACCUGAGUCGUUCGACUGCUUGAAGAUCCCUUUAGAGACCAAGACCAUCCUCUUGUCAUUGGCAAAAACCCGCCUAGGGAUGAUACCGAUGGUACCGUUCGACGACGUAGUUGACGGAAAGGGCCAAGGAUUCAACAUUCUUCUGAAUGGCCCACCGGGAGUCGGUAAGACUUUCACGGUUGAGGCAACCUCGGAGUAUUUCAAGCUCCCCCUCUAUUCGAUAUCCGCAGGCGAACUUGUUGUAGACCACGGAGAUUCCAACGCGCUCGAGCAGCAACUUGAAACAGUAUUUAAGAUCGCGAAACAUUUUGAUGCCGUCCUUCUCUUGGAUGAGGCAGACGCUUUCAUGGAGCAGCGUACCUCAUACCACGAUACCCACAAUCGCCUUGUGACCAUUUUCCUCCGAAAGCUGGAAUAUUAUCAAGGAAUUCUUUUCUUGACGUCAAAUCGGGGUAUCCAGUUUGAUGACGCAAUUCUAAGCCGGAUCCAUUUGACCAUCGAGUAUGAAAAUUUGACGAGAGAGUUUCGCAGAGAUCUUUGGUCAACCUUUCUGUCCAAGGCAUGUACGAUGCAAGGACCUGCCGUCGUUGAGGAGUACGAUCUCCGACGAUUGGAGUCUUUAACUCUAAAUGGGCGAGAGAUCAAGAACAUCGCAGCAAUCGCACAUGCUCUCGCUGAGGCUGACGUCAAUCAGGUGACCUACAAAUACUUGGAGUUAGCAGCCGAUUCCAAUAAGAAGUUUUCAAAGGAGUUUGGCAAAGAGAGGCCUGUUGAUGGAAUUUGA